UUCUUCUCUUCCAUCUCCUUUUUCUCUUUCCGAAUGUUUCCUGUUUAGUCUCUGAGAAAAAACCAGAGUAAAAAAAAAGAAAAGAAAAGAAGAAAAAACACACAUCUCUCACGCAUCAGAGCCUUUACAUUGAGAAACCAACCCAUGAUUUAAUUUGUUAUAGAAACACAUAAAUAAUAUUACAUAUUGAUGUAACUUAUUACUGACAACAUAAAAGGGUUACGUAAACUUUGUUUGGUUGACGAGAAAAGGAAAGAAAAGGAAGGAAAAUAGUUUCGAGUCAUUUUUUCUUCGUUACAAGGGUUGUGUUUCUGUGAGGAGAGAAUUUUACUAGAAGGAUGGAGGAUAUCUUUAUUGUUGGUUCAGUUGGUAAGAACUUUGACAAAGUCACACGUAUAGAAGCGCGGAGCGAGAGGCUUGAGUUGUUCAUGCAGCUUGAUGUGAAUACUGAGGUUUAUCCUAUUAAACAAGAAGAAAGAUAUGCGGUGAAAUUAACUACCACACUAGAUCCUGAUGGAACUCCUGAUACUGCAUAUUACACUCCGAUUAAGCCAGGGUCAAUUGCUGACAACUUUUACUACAUCAUGCACGGCAAGUUGUACAAGAUCCUAGAUGAAGGUUCAGGAGCGAAUCAUAAAGUGGAGAUGCUCAUUUCUUUCGGCGGUCUUCUGAUGUCAUUGAAGGGAAAUCCUGACUGUAUUACUGACUUUCAGCUUGAUCAGAAAUACUUCCUUUGUAUGAGAAAGUUGGUUUAAUGUUCUAUUAUCCAACAGGAAGUGUCUUUCAACCUUCUAAGUAAUCUUUAUAAUUCUUCUUUCCACUUCUAGUUUGGCAUGUUCUUAGGCUGAUUCUACUCCAUGUAGGAAUCUGAAACUUCUGUUUUUGAUGAAUUCGUGAAGCAAUUGCUUAUUAUUUCACUUUGUUUGAAGAAAAGCAUUUCUGCUGUA